UGCACCUAAAAGAAGUCUUCUCACCCUUUUUCUCUCUUUCUUUCCCUCUCAACAUUUCCUUUUCUUUCCUCCUCAAACGUUUCUCCCCCAAUUAUUUUGUCAUUUUCCCACUUUUUCUGGUCCUCACAAACCCCUUUCAACAUUCAAACACCAGUCACAGUAGCAGUAGAAGAAGAAGAAGAUCUUUCAUGACCCACUUUGCUAAAUUCAAGGCUUAAAUAGUGAUCAUGAUGAUGAUGAUGGUGAAACAACUGGCAUGAACCUAGCACACAAUUCUCAUCACCACCAUGUCCUCAAUUCAUCUUCAUCACACCAACAACAACAACAACCUCAACAACGAAGGUAUUGUCAACAAAAUCAGGAAACGAGGUUGUUCCUCUUCCUCUUCCUCAUCUCUGGUUCGAAAAUACCGAUUCAAGAGAGCAAUUCUGGUGGGGAAGAAAGCAGGGUCGACCACCCCUGUUCCCUUGUGGAAAACUAGCACAACACCUCCUUCUAUGGCUACUCCACCACUUCACCAUUCUCAGUUGCCACCAAAAGACAAAGAGCUUUCUGUUUCAGCCAGAAAACUCGCUGCUACUCUCUGGGAAAUCAAUGAUUUACCUUCUGCUGACCCAGUUCGAGGUAGAGACAAAGCUGCGAACUUUUCUAGUUCUAGAUCGGGAUUGUUGAGGCCACAUAUGUCAGAUCCAUCUCAGAGCCCUCUUUUAGAGAGAAUGAAAGGGUUUGAAGGUGAUGGCCAUAAAAGAAGAGUGUCAGGGUUAUCUCAUCAGCUUCAAUCUGGUGAUUACUUGUUGGAGGGUUUAGAUUCCUGUAGCAGUGCCCGUUUGAUUGAGAAGAAUUGUGGCAAAUGCACUGAUGGAGUGAAGAGCCGUCUGAAGGAAGCUAGAAGUGGCCUUUCUACAUCGAAGAAGCUUCUAAAGGUAUUAAAUCAAGUAUGCAUUAGAGAGCAUCAAUCAUCAACCAAGUCCCUUAUCUUAGCUCUGGGUAGUGAGCUUGAUCGGGUUUGCCACCAAAUUGAUCUACUCAUCCAUGAAGAUCGCUCAAACCAGAAUGACAUGGAGUAUGUCAUUAAGUGCUUUGCAGAAGAAAAGGCUGCAUGGAAAAGUAGAGAGCGAGAAAAGAUUCAUGAUGCCUUAAAAAACGCAGCUGAAGAGCUUAAGGUGGAGAAGAAGUUAAGAAGGCAGACUGAGCGGUUGAAUAAAAAGAUUGCCAAGGAAAUGGCUAAUGUAAAAGCUUCCCAUUUGAAAGCAUCCAAAGAGCUUGAAAGGGAGAAACGUGCAAAGGAAAUUCUAGAGCAAAUUUGUGAUGAAUUAGCCAAUGGUAUUGGGGAAGACAGAGCGCAGGUAGAGGAAUUGAAAAGGGAGUCGGCUAAAGUUCGAGAAGAGGUGGAAAAGGAGAGGGAAAUGCUUCAGCUAGCAGAUGUUUUGCGCGAGGAGAGAGUUCAGAUGAAGCUUUCAGAGGCUAAGUAUCAAUUUGAGGAGAAAAAUGAUGUACUAGAAAAGCUGAGGAAUGAGUUUGAGUGCUUUAUGAGAACUAAAGAUGAAGAAAAUGGGGUUGUUUCUCCAGAGUGUGAAAAAAUCAAGGAUCUUGAGGCUUAUUUCAACAAUAUCUAUGGGGGAUUACGAAAUGCAGAGAAAGACAAUGGUUUGGAUGUUGGAGAUGAUGAUGAUGGAGAUAAUGACUCGGAUGAGAGUGAUCUUCAUUCCAUUGAAUUAAGCAUGGAUAAUAGAGGCUGCAUGUGGAGUUAUGCUUUUGAAGAUGCUACUCAAGAUGACUCAAAGAGAGUUUCAGUUGACAGUAUAGGGAGAAAAUCUCUCUCUGGAAUUCAGUGGGGAAGUAUUUGCUUCAACAAGAGAACUUCGAGUUUUAAGAAGAGGGAUUUUGUCAUCAAUGAUAUUCUUGAAGGUUCUAAUCAUCUUGAUCCUGAGACAUCACUUGAACUUCUCUCACGAGCUCGGAUACAAGAUGAUAAGGAUGAAGCUCAGAGCAAUAGGACAAUCAAGGGUUUACAAGACUCCAUGCCAUGUUCCAAUCCUGUUCAGAGAAAUGAUCAACUGUUAACUCUGCAAUGCACUGGGGAAGAAGCUGGGAAAAAUGCUCUUCUUGCCUUGGAAGGUGAUACAAUUUGAAGCUAGAGGCUGCAGGGAGAAAAUCCAGAUGUUUGAAGAGUUUUGUUAGAGAUUGCCUGAUUGGUAAUGGUAGGAGGUUAUUUAUCAUUGAUAGUUUCUAUUAUUUCUGUUCCAAACUGUAAAUGCUGUCAUUCCUAGACUGAAUAUGUGCAAGCCUUAUCAUUGGAAUUGGUAAAUGUGGUAACUGUUAAAGCUAUAGCAAGAAACAUGUACAUAUUUAAUAGAUUAACAAUGUAGUUUUCUGCUAUGACUUGACCAGAAGCUGCUAGUUAAUAUUUAUUUGGACAUCAGUUGGAUGCAAUGUGAACGAAUUACAAUCUAAUUCAUGAAAAA